UGAUUAGGCCUUUGAAUGAAUUCUUACCUUGUGUACUUUGGUUUGUUUUUUCUCUUGCAGAGUAAAUUGGGUAAAUGGUAUUACAAGAGCAAACGCCAACCCACAGUUCAUGAGGGGUACAUGUUCCCUUUGCUUGUUAGCAAGGAGUUGGAUAACUGGCCUGAGAUGAACACAAGAAGAAGAAAAUGGAUUACUGUGGCUGAAGCAAAAGAAAUAUGCCCAUAUGCUUGGAUGAAAGAAGCUUUAGAUGAGUUGGUUAAUAGACAAAGUACUAAAGUUCAGCCCAAAAAGAUGGAGAUUUAAUUAAG